AAUUUAUAACAGUUUCUGAACUUUGAGUUGUCUCUUUUUUUUGCUGUUUUCAAAAUAAAUACAGAACGAAGCAAAACUAAAGCUCGAAGCGAUAAAAUAUUUAUUACCAUUUUCAUAGAGACAAAAUGAGCUCUAGCAGUACGGAGAACUUGCGUUGCAGGCUGUGUCUUUGCCUGUGCAAUCGUCAGGAACUGGUCACAAUAAUAUUAGGCGAUACGCGCGGUCCGCUGCACAAUUUCGCCCUGGAACUUCUCACUGCUGAAAUAGCUAAAGAGAAUAUUCCAGUUUGUUGUAAUUGUUUCACGAUGUGGAACAUGAUGCAGGACUUUUUGAACACUUGUUUUAAAGCUAACGAAGUGCUCCAGUUGAACGAACAAAUGGCUCUCCGAAAAUCUUGGGUUGUAAAUGACGACGAAAAAGAUAUGUUUAUAACGGUUUGCCGAGUAGUUAAACGACAUUUCUACGGCAUGGAAAAGUUGCUGUGUUCGCUUAAACCUCCAGUGUUUCUUUCGCCACAAGUUCAGAAGAAACCUGUUAAAGUGAAGGAACCAAAUUUUCGUCCAGGCACUUCUGUAAGAACGUAUUCUAAGAGUCCUGGCAAAAGUAGAACAGAGAAAGUCUCAAAGAUUGAUAAUCCAGCUAAGCCCGUCUCUAUCAAGCAAGAGAAACCAAUCGAAAUUGAUGAUUCGGAGGCUUUUUUGAUGGUGAAAUCAGAGCCAGUAGAAGUGUCACUACCUAAUCAUCAAAUAGACUUUGUCGAUGAUGACGCGAAUAUAUUCAAAGAGCAAACGAUGGAAUCCGUGGGGUUACUGCACAAUGGUGUUCAGGACAAACACGAAGAAGAGGAUGGUAGCACAGCUUGUUAUGAGUCAAGUAGAGCAGAGGUGAUGGUAAAAUUAGAGCCCACAGAAUCAUCCAAUUUUUCCCAGUUAGACUUUCUGGAUAAUGACGCGAACACACUUGAGGAGCAACAGAUGGACCUGGAACUGCAAGACAGUGUCCAAGACAUACACAAAGAAAAAGAAAGUAGCUUACCAUUGAACGAAAAAAGUCUAAAAACAAUUUGUCAAGUUUGCGGUACAAAAACUAAUAACAUGGCUACUCAUCUGGAGUCGCAUACUCAGAAGCCCAAGGAGAAAAGGAUACCAAAGCGAGCACGGAAAUCUUCUGCUAGUUCUGGUUUAAGUAUCAUUAGUUACGAGCAGCAGAAAAUUCCAGCUGGCGCGCGAUUGUCCUGUGAGGUUUGCGGUAUUUUAUUCUCCAAUAUGCUGGUAGCGCGGAUCCACGCUCGAUCGCACCUUUCUGGUCGUCCUAUUAAAAAGGAAGAUUUAUUUGGGGUUAGUUGAAGUAUGCUUUUCUAGAGUGAUUUUGGGUAUUGUGGAAUUAAAGAUUAAGCGAAUCAAAAAUUAAAACGUUCAAAGUAAAA